AUGUGGAGCAGAAGCAUAGUGGCAUCUUUAUGGCUUGGUGCUUAUGGUUAUGAGAUUGUACCGGAGGCUAAUCGUCAUGUGUUCUGUUCGAUGAGAGGUUGUUUGACAUCGCAUGUGAUAUCAGGAGCGAAUGUAUUAUUUUGUGGUGGAUGCGAUAGUUAUCCAAGUACGCAAGAGUUGUUACGAUUUGCUUCAGUGCCAAGUGCUCAGAGGUUGGUGAGCUUUACGUCAUCAGAUAUGAAGACAAGUGCUAAAACGGUUUCGUUAAAGUCAUCGAAAUUUGGUCCGAGUGUGACUAGGACAAUGGCGGACCAAUGCUCGUUUAAGAUGAAUGGGAUGGUCCAAAUGUCUUCGGGUGCGAGGACUAAGGUUGACCAGUUAAUGUUUCUGCCGAUCGAAGGAUACGUUGGUGUACAAAAAGUUACAUUACAGAGUGGUCGGGUUUUAAGUAACUCGGCGUUGACGGAAGCGGCACAUUUCGACGUCACUUUUGCCCCCAACGACCUGCUCAAACAAGCUGCCACUCUCGGCGAUAAGAAAGCGGGGCUCUUCAGCAACAAAAAGAAAGCUUUCAUCGUCGCGCGCGCAAGCUAUACACGCCAACUUGGACCCCUUGACCAACCACUGGCAACCGGCGAGACGGCCGUGCAACGGAUCAUACCCGGCGUAUCAACCGCUCGCAUAACCGCCGGUCACGAAGGUGAAGAUGAUGAAGGCCUACAACUUCUCACCUAUAGCACCACCGGCCUCAACAGAAAACCCAUCAAUGGUAUAACUUGGCUCCUACUUUGCGAAGGACUUCCUGGCGGUCAAGGCGGCGGCCAGUCGCUAGCAGCAAUAAAAGAUUACCCCGGCUUCAAAGAAGUCGAAACUCUAGCACGCGAUCUUAUCGCACGUGUGUGGCCUGCCCAAGUUAAAAGAUUGUACCCCCAAAAGGACCCCGCUCAAGUCAGACAAGACGUUAUCAAUAUACGCAAUAGCGUCUUCUCUAAAGCCAGCCAAAUUACAGCCCAACGACUGCUGGAACUAAACCAACGAAAAACAGAUAUAUCCAACGAAUGUCUACCCCAAGCUCUAGGCCUUAUUAACACCAUCACUACCGCCAUACAACAACAAUCCAAAUAG